AUGCACGAUAUAGACUACGAUGAUGCUGAGAAACAAAGUAAUGAGCAAGAUGCGUUACUCGAGGAACAACGUGAAAUAGUGGAGGAUCUCAAACGCGAUUUACACUUAUGCAAGAUAGAACAACAUAAUAUACGAGCUGAAUUAGAAAUUCUACGAAAUGAAAAUAAAAAUAUUAACGAAAUAAAGGAAUCCUUGAACUCUAUUCAUUUGGAGGAAUGUGACGAUCAAGAUGCUCAUAAAAAGGAAAUAGGUAAUUUACAGGAACGUAUUGUGCUGUUGGAAACAGAAAAGGACUCAGCUUUGCAACUUUGGCAUAUUUCUCUGAAUACUAUAAGUGCCUUAGAGAAUCGAUUAAAAGGAUUUCAUAUAGAUGGAAUAGGAACUAAGUUUUAUCAAGACCAAGCAAAUGCUAUUAAGGAAAGUUAUUCGGAAGCUAUUCAAAUGUUGGAGAAAAAGCUUGCUUUGGCCAAAGAUAAUUUUAUAAAGCAUCAAACGCUGUAUGAAACUAGCAAAGAGAAAAUUAAUAGUUUGACUAAAGAGAAAGAUGAAGUUUUGGAGAAAUAUAGAAUUCUUCAAACAAAUACUCAGGACAGAGACAGGAAUAAUCAGCUGACAAUAGAAACGUUAAAAAAGGAUUUAGAAUAUGCUAAAACUGAGACCAACAAAGUAGUGCAAGCAAAAUUGGAAUUAGAAAAAAGAUUAAACGAAGUUAAGACAUACGCUGAAAAUGUAAUGGAAAGGGACAAGGAAACGAAGAAUAAAAUGGUAGAAGCCAUUGAAUUGAUAGAAUCUGCAGUUAGGGAAAAGGACUUAGCGUGUCAUCGGGAAUCUCUAAUAUCGGAAGAAAAAACUAGGCUGGAACAUAGACUAAAUAUAAUAGCUAACGAAUAUGAUGUAAAGAUACAAGAAUUGAAUAAGAAAACCAGAGACGAGAUCGAAUUAAAUACGAAAAGAUAUUUAACAGAGAUCAACGAACUUAAAGCAGAAUUAAAGGCAAAAACUACAGUAGCAGACAAAGUUCAAAGAGAAUUAGAAUUUACAGAAGAAGAAUUAAAUAAGAUACGUAGAGAUUCGAGUACAAAGAUAUUAGAGUAUGAACAAAAAGCUAAACGUAUGGAAUUUCAAUUACAAGCAUAUAAUGAAGCAAUGGUUAAAAAUAAAUACGACGUGGAAAUCAAACAGUUAAGAGAAAAGAUUAUUACUCUUGAAAGUAAACUAAGCACUUCAAAUGAUAAAUUACAAAAGUUAGAACAACAACAAACCAGUAGUAUACAAGGUCAAGUAAAAGGAACGAAUCGUGAAAAUAAAGAUAUAAUGAAACAAUACUCGGAUUUAGAGAGUCAACUAUCUAAAACGUUAGCUGACAAGGAAAAUCUUGUAUUACAAUUAAAAUCGUUAAAACACGAUUUUGACUAUGAAAUACAAAAAAGGGACAUUGAAAGACGUUCUCUUGAAAAUAAAAUUCGAGAACUAGAAGUCAAUCUGUAUAAAGCUACUUCUGUAGGAGAAAAUAAGUUGAAAGGUGAUAUUGCCGAUGAAGUAAAUCCACUUAAUGUUAAAAACAAACCUUGCUUCGAUAUAACCGUAGAAAACAAAUGCCACUGCUGCCAGUCUGUAUUAUCGGAUCAUAUGAAUAAAUUACAGGAGAAGUUUGAUAGAAAAACAAAGGAGUUAAUCAACCAUGUUCAAGUUCAUCAAAAACUAAGUAAAAAAUGGAGAGACGAAGCAAAAUCUUUGACAGUUAAAUUUCAAGGAAAGUCUAAGGAACUAAGGGGAAAAAUAAGCAUCUUACAGAAAGAAAAUAACGAAUUAAACCAGGAAUUAUUAAAUUGCAAACAACAAUUAGCGCAACAUGCAAUUCAAGAUAUACAAAGAUUUAAUGAACCAAAUGAAAUUAGGUGA